AUGGACCCCCUCCCGCCCCCCGGCACCGCGCAGCAGCAAUUCCCAACUCCCCUCCAGCAGCCACCGCCGCCAACGCACCAGGUCACACUCGACGCACAGGGUCACACGCCCGCAGGUGUCACAGCCGCAAGCUUGCUGCCCUCCCGAGACCAGAUCCCGAGGCCGUACAAAUGCCCCCUCUGCCCUCGCGCCUUCUACCGCCUCGAACACCAAACCCGUCACAUCCGCACGCACACGGGCGAGAAGCCGCAUGCUUGUACUCAUCCCGGCUGCGAGAAACGUUUUUCCCGUUCCGACGAACUAACCCGCCACAUCCGCAUCCACUCGUCCGACCGCGGGAGGAAAAAGACUGCCCAGCAACAGGCUCAGCAGGCUGCUGCGGUGGCUGCUGGAGGAGCGCAGGGUGGAGGGGGGAAGAAGGGGAAGGGGAGUAGGCAGGCGAGUCCGGGAGAGGAGAACGACGACGCGACGGCUCAGGUGAACGCGGCUGCUGCUGCUGCUGCGGCGGCGGCUGCGAGUCCGUACGGCGCGCCGAUGAUGGGUUACCAACCCUACUACCCCCCUCCGCCCGGCUACCCAGGCUACGCCUACCCCGCCCUUCCAAUGUCCAUGUACCCCUACGGCUACCCCUCCGUCCCACCUCCGCCCUUGCCCUCCACAACCGGCGCCCAGACACCUCCGACCACCCAACCUUAUCCCGGGUAUCCGGGGAGUUAUACGCCGUAUGGGUACCCGCCGGCGCCGCAGCAGUUGCAGCAGCAGAUGCAGCAGCAGCAGGCGAUUGCGUCUCAGCAACAGCAGCAGCAGCAGCAGCAGCAGAUUCAGCAGGCGGCGGCCCUCCCUUCGCCUGGGACGGCGCAGCAGCAGCAAGUCCAGGCUGGAGCGGACGGGCGUCCUCUGAACGCGCUUGCGCUCGCGGCGGCGAGCGGGUUGCACGAGAUGGAGCGCGAGAGGGAGCGGGCCGAGCAGCAGGCUCAGCAGCAGCAAGUGGUGGACGACGUCAAGCCUCAGGUUGGCGGGUCUGCACCGGGCAGCGCGGCGGGAUCGAGUGCGGGAAGUACGCCGUAUGGCUCGUUCGACCCUGCGCAGGCUCAGCAGGCCAUGGCGGCGUAUUGGAGUAUGGCGGGUCAGCCUUAUGCGGCGUCGGCGUACCAGAACGCGGCGUUGCAGGCUCAGCAGCAGCAGCUUGCGGCUCAGCAGGCUCAGGCUCAGGCGGCGGCGUUGAGCGGGACUGCUCCGCGUCGUCCGGCGGGAGGUCACACCGCCCCUCCUCUCCUCCCGCAACACAGCGCGGCCCAAACUCCCGCAGACGAUCCCGCCUCGCGCCACUCGCACUCGCACGACCCGUCGCACCCGACCCACCAUGGCUCGUUGGCCCGCCACCAGCACCGUCACGCUUAUGCGCCGUACUCGCUCCCUUCGACCGCGGAUCACUCGCUCGCGAACUCGCCGGCUUCGAGUCCGAAACACACGUCGGAUGGAGCGGUCGUCGAUCACAACGUGGCGGCGGCGGCUGCGGCGGCGGCGGUCGGGCUUGCGGAUCCGCAUUCGGCCACGUCGAGCGGUACCUCCUCGCCUUUCCCUCCUCUCCACCCCGCCGCAGGACUCGUUCCCGGAAUCGGCAUGGCCUCGCAGCCCGGACACGGCCAACAACACGCGAUCGGCCAACUGCAGCAACAACUCGCGUACCAGCUUACGCCUUCGACGUCGCCCGUCCUCGGACCGCUCAAGGGCUUGACACUCAUGAGUGCGCAAGUCUCUCGCGCCCCUAGUCGCGCAACGAGUCCGGUCCAUCUUCCGCCCCUGCGCUUGCCCGGCGCCGAGGGAACGGGAACGAGCGGCGAUAACAGCGCCAGCAACUCGCGCGCUGCGACGCCCGACGCAAUCGAGGCGACCAAGCAUGGGCUCGACCACGGUCGCCACACCGCCUCGACGCACCUCCACCACGUCCGCGCGCACCCGUACCGCUCCCAACCUGGAAGUCCGGUCCUCGCCGCACAGGGGUCGAGCAGGCCUGGGACCGCGAGUCGUGGGUCGGGGCAGGGGCAGGUGAGCGACGAGCGUCAUGCGGCGUGCGGGUACGCGAGUCAGCCUGCCUCGGCGCCGAGUUCGAGGCCGACUAGUCCGGCGGCGGCGCAGCAGCAGCGUCAGCAGCAGGCUUUCGCGGCGCUUGGAGGGGUCGCCGAGGCGCCGAGGGAGUAG